AUGUUGAGAAAAAUUUUUCAAGCUUGCGCUCGCACUAAGCUCAAGUCACGAAAAGACGGUGCCGUUCUGUACAAACAACGAUGCUUGACGGGUCUAGAUACCCGUUGGUUCUCGUCUAUGCAUGGUUUGGGUGGUAAUUCACAAGCAAGAAGCCGCUCGAAAUUUCGUCCUUCAAUUGAUGGUAUUUACUGAUUGAAGACAUUGGAUUUUGAAACGACAUGGAUGUACAAGAGUUGUUGUCGAUGGCUCAAAAUUGCCUGAAUUCCAGAACCGUUCGUGGCCACGAAUCAGCGGAUAAGUGUGAGCUGGCUUUCAAAGUUCAGCGUAUUCAGGAUUGGGUCAAAUCACCACGUGUAGCUGCCAUUGUGACGCAUGUCGAGUCCAAACAAAGCGUACUGUUCUUGUUCACUGGAUCGCGAAGUGCAAAAGGUGCUCUCGUUCAGCUCAUCCCGGAGGAACUCAUAGGACUGAACUAUGCUUUCCAGUGUGAACCGAUGCAGUCAGAUCAAGCUGCGGGUCCCGCAGUCCGACUAAGAAUCAGAGGUCAUCGUUUGACGAAGACAUCCAUGAAACGUAACUCAAAGUCUCAGGUGAAAGUAGUCAGAGCAACAGGUGAUGGAUCGUUUUGCGGCAGCAAUGUUCAAACAGACUCGGAUGAACCUAGCGAGCCAGUCGGUGUCAUGUACGUAACCAAGGUACCGCAAACCGAAGAAGUGAUCCAGCGAUUGCGAAAGCCAAAGAUUUGGAGUUGUGUGUUGGAAUUUGCUAAUGCUGAGGAAGGAGCUCGUUUCCGCGAACGAACGAUUUAUCACGCACAUCAAGGAGGUGCCAGGAGUAGGAACACAUUAGUGAAUCAUCCAGACUCCGGGAACUUUGAGAUUGGUCAGGAUGCAUUGAAAGACGCUCAGGCGGAACAGACAGACUGGUUGGAUAAAUAUAGAGACGAAAUUUCUCGCCAGAAGCGUGAUCAUAUGAUCCAAAAAUCACAUCUGCCCAGUGACGGUGGACCAGUAAAUGGUGAAUCCCACGUCUCUCUAUCCACCGAUUCUGAUUCGGAUGUUGAAAAAACAACAUCCACUUCAAGUUCUUCCAGUGAAAUACAUUCUUCACCCGGUCGAGUUACGGAUACCAACUUCUCAAGUGUCGACAAUAUCACUCAAGCGCUUUCAGGCCAUCCCAGUCCGACUCCGACCCGUCCACCACCUCCAAUCCCUUCUAUCCGACAUUACCUCUCUUCAAGCUCCCUUGAACCAAAGGAGUCUCUCUCAAUUCCCGUUGACGCCAAAUUGCAAUCUUCCAACUCCAAUAAUCGGGUGGAUGAUUACUUGCAACCUGGCACGGAUUCCCAUGUCGAUCAGUCACUGCCCUAUGAUUCCGCGAAACCGCAGAGUUUGACUGCCUCUCAAAGUUGUUCGGACAUACUCUCCGGUGGUACCGCACCCACUGCAACGGAAACUCGUCGGAAAUCGAAAAAUUUUUUGGAAGAUCGACUAUUCCGCACAAGACUAUCUCAUGCCGAACUCCUCGUCAGACAAAAGCUGUUGGACCGUGUGGAUGAGUAUUCGACCAUCGAAAGUGUCAAUAUAUUUAUCGGAACUUGGAAUGUUAACGGGCGACAGGACUCAAAUGUCAGUUUGGAUGACUGGCUACUACCCCCAAACGACCAACCACCAGCUGAUAUCUAUGUCUUUGGAUUCCAGGAACUCGACCUCAGCCUGGGGUCGGUUGCCCUGAACAAAACUUCUCCAGCAGCCUUGGAAGACCGUUGGACCAAGCAGCUGGAGUCUGCUCUGGGUGGUUUGUUGCAAACCCCCUCAACCAAAUCCACCAGUCGCAGUUGGCUUCGGUCCAACGACUCCCCAAAUGGCUAUCCUAGCCGGUGGGCUAAGCACACCGGAGGUGGUUAUUACCGUCUAAGACGUGUUCGUCUGGCUGGAAUUCUGUUGAUUGUCUACAUAUCAGUCAAACUGUUCCGCCAUUCUAAUCCAACCGAAAUGGUCACACAGCUUGUCCCAACGGGAGUAUUCAACAUGAUGGGAAACAAAGGUGGGGUCGGCCUACGCCUGACAAUAUUCAACACUGCCUUGUGCUUUGUCAACUGCCAUCUAGCAGCAGGAGAGGCCAAUUUAGAGCGUCGUAAUCAAGAUUUUCAAGAAAUUAAACGGAAAAUGAUAUUUGGUCGUCAGUCCGAUGCUGAGAACCCGAACCGGAUCGAUCAGCUGACUAUUCAUGACCAUGACAUUGUCUUCGUUUUUGGCGAUCUGAAUUAUCGAAUAAGCGGCUUGGAUUCGACUACCGUUCGAAAUCUGGUGGACCGCAAAGACUAUGAUCACAUAUUGGGUUACGAUGAGCUGAUCAAGCAGUGUGUGAGCAACCGGGCUUUUGGCUCAUUCCGGGAGGGACCCAUCACUUUCGCCCCUACCUACAAGUUUGAUAUGAAUACCAAUACAUAUGACUCCAGUGAGAAAAACCGCAUCCCCUCUUACUGUGACCGUGUUCUAUGGUCUGGAAAACUCAGCGAACUACUGUGCUAUCGAUCUCAUCCGUCUUUCACAAUGAGUGAUCACAGACCGGUUUCCAGCUACUUCAAAGUUGGACUCCGUCGUGUCAACCGGAACUUGUUCCAAAACAUCUAUGAGGCGGUGAUUCGGAGUCAAGAUCUUGUUUAUAACUUAUCUUUACCACAAGCACAAUUGGAAAGUCAGGACCUGGACUUUGGCCCAGUUAGGUUUUACGAAGUAUCUCAGCGUACAGUAAAACUAACGAACACCGGCCUUACGGGUCUGCAAUACGUAUUCCUACGUGAAGGGAUAACUGAAUUCCCCUCCUGGCUGGCUGUCAGUCCGGAAACCAUGCGAGUGGAAAAAGGCGGAUCGGUCCAAAUUAGCAUCGAGAUUUUUGUGAAGCCGGAAAUUGUGGCGGAUCUUAAUAGCGGUAAAACCGCUCUAUCUGCCAUUGUUGUGCUACGUCUUCUGGGAGGAAAAGACUAUUUCAUCUCUGUAAGCGGGCAGUUUAUCCCGACCUGUUUUGGCCUACCACUCAGUCUUCUGCUUUCGCUGGACUCCUUACCUGUCGCCUUUAUGCCAAUUAACGAGUUGCAGGACAAAAUUCAGUCCGCACGCGUUGGAGACUGGCAAGAGGCUGAACCGAGUGUUCUCGCUCGCACGGAAAAGCCACCGUUCCAUGUUCCAAAAGAAAUCUUCCGGCUCGUCGAUUAUAUCAGCCAACAUUUGGAAGAACCGGAAUUAUUUCGCCAAACGGGUCAAUACGGUGAAGUGGGUGUCAUUCGUGACCUACUGGAUACAACUCUCUCAAAUAUUACGUUUCCUGAAACCAUCUCUGUCCAUGCGGCUGCAUUUUGCUUGCUCAUCUUUCUCAACACAAUGCCAGAACCAGUAAUUCCACCGGCCUUUCAUGCCACAUGUCUGGAUGCAUGUGGUAACUUGGCUUCUGCCGUGAAAAGUCUUUCGCGCCUCCCGAUCGAUUAUCAAAAUCUGUUCUGCUACCUCACGGCAUUUCUUCGACGCUGCUUGGCACUUAGCGAUAAAAAUGGCACUGAUGUACAAUUACUGGCCUCCGCGUUCGGUGACGUCAUUUUUCGUGACGCAGUUGUAAAUCCCGCGCCAAGCGGACGAAAAAACACACGAACAACUGCGCUGGCUUCGCGACAAGAGAGCCCAGCUCUUUUUAUUCGACAGUUCUUGACGAACGAUGCAUUCAGCUACUUCAGUCGUCUCCCGUGACGUAUGGGCCCAUGAACAGGCCGAACAUUCCUUUCAUCGUGAAUGUCUCGUCACGACCACUGUGGCCACGGGUGAAUGACCACCUGUUUGCGAUAGCCUUGAGUUCUUUCAUACCAAUAUUGUCGUUAACUAUGCUCUCUAAUCGCGCCUCAUCCAUCUCCUAGUUCCCAGUAUGGUUUUUUUUUUACUUGACUUCAUGUUUCACCUCAUUCCUGUGCAUGUUAUGCAAGAGCAGCUAACUUUACGAGUGUUUUGUUUUACUUCUCGAGAUUACAUGACACCAUAUCGUUGAUUGUAAUCAAGCCUAGCUACCCACAUCCGGACUGAUUCAGGUUCAUUCACUGUUUCUAGAUGAAGCAGUUAAUUAGGUUUUUUUAAAUAAUUUUUCACAAAACACGUAGUUUCGUCUCUUAUACUAUUUAACUGCAUUCAUCCAGAUUUCUAAAAAGCUUGUCCAGCUAUACCGACGUCUGUCUGUCUUCUAGUGUGCGAUGCUGAUCAUAAAAAUUUCAGUAAAAAUAAAUUUCAGGGAUUUCUCCACUGGGAAUUUCAUCUAACUCUGGUUUGAGCGAUGCUGAG